UAAAAAGGAAAAAAGAAGAUCGAGAGAUAAACAAGAAAAAAACGGGCGUCGGACAAUUUGCCCCUCAUUCAAUGCUUUACCAAACUCAUCACCCUUUUUUCUUCCAAUUCCGCUCCUUUACCUCCAUUCCUUUCUCUGCAACAACCACCCAUCUCUCUCUAUCUUCCUCUUCUUCUCCUCAGGAAAUGGAAUGCAUUGAAGCGGCUUUGAAAAGCAGUUUUAGGAGGGAAAUGGCCAUGAAAACCAGUCCGCAAGCUUUUUUUGAUGAUGACACGCCAAAUGGGUUGUCUUGCGAGGAUUUCUUCGUUGACGACCUUCUUGACUUGUCAAACGGAGAUGGUUUUGUUGAAAAGGAGGCGGGGAAGGAAGAGGAAGAAGACGACGAAGGGAAAGUAUCUGCUGGAUGUGUUGAAGGACAAGAGGGUCUCAAGCAAAGUUUAGGUUUCUCCUCCGGCGACGAUUUUGGGUUCGUAGACGCGACCGAACUUGCAGUUCCGUCGGAUGAUUUGGCGGACCUUGAAUGGUUAUCUCAUUUUGUAGAGGAUUCCUUUUCGGAAUACUCCGUGGCUUACCCCACCGGAGCUUUGCCGGAGAAACCCAAGUGGCAAACACCGUCAUGCCAUGCUCAACUGGCGCCAUCUUUCGCCGAGAAGCCGUGUUUCAAGACACCGAUUCCGGCCAAAGCGAGAAGCAAACGCACCCGAACCGGAGGUAGAGUUUGGUCCCUCGGGUCUCUUUCCUUGACCGAGUCAUCUUCGAGUUCAACCUCCUCAACAUCCUCCAGUCCUUCAAAUUCAAGCCCUUGGCUCAUUGGUAUCAACCCCGUUUGGCGGCCAAGCCUGGACCAACCAGCCGAACCGGUUUCCUGGGAGAAGCCGCCGGCGAAGAAGGCGAAGAAGAAAUCGGGAACGGAUUCGGCUGCACCCAACGGGGGGUCCCAGCCGCCACGGCGGUGCAGCCAUUGCGGAGUCCAAAAGACCCCGCAGUGGAGAACCGGCCCACUCGGGGCCAAAACCCUGUGCAACGCGUGUGGGGUCCGUUACAAGUCCGGUCGGUUAUUACCCGAAUACAGACCCGCAUGUAGCCCGACUUUCUCCAGCGAGCUGCACUCCAACCACCACCGGAAAGUGCUCGAGAUGCGACGGAAGAAGGAGUCGAGCCAGCCUGAACCCGGUUUGGUAUCUUCCCCCUUGACGAGUUUUUGAGCGUAAAAAAAAAAGGAAGGAAGGAAAAAACUAGGGGAUGGAUAGAGAGGGAAGAAAAAAGAAUAGGAAAUGAACCGGAUAGAUUGGAAGCCGGUUCGAGAGGGAAGCCGAGUUAGGUUAGGAUCGAGUGUACAAUUUGUUUUUUUUUUUUUUUUUUUUUUUAAAUCAGGGUGGUUGCGGUAGGUUUUUCUAGGCAAUGUAACUGAUUAGGCA